UCCUCCCCUCCGAUCCGUUCCUCUCUUUCCCCUGGCAGAUAUUUCAUUCCGCAAUCCCUAACCUGUAACGGCGGGCGUAACGUUUUCUUUCUCACCGUCGCUUUCCAGUUAUUGAGCAUAUCAAGCACCAAACCUAACUACGUUGGAGAAGCAAAUCCUUCAUUGUAUUUGUUCCAACACUCAUGGAAGGUAAGUAAUAGUUCUCUUCUCUUUUAAUCGUUUUUUUUUUAAUCUCUUGCUUUAUUUUGGUUUCUCGAUAUUCAAUUAUUCAUUCGCUCGAACUCGGUCUCUUUUUCGGAAAGUAAAAAAAGGGCGCAGCAAUGGCGAGACCCAAGGAAUCGACAGAUUGAGCAACCUCCCCGAUCAUAUUCUAGGCAGCAUCCUCUCCUUCCUCAACGCCAACGACGCAGUUCGAAGCAGCAUUUUGUCGAACAGGUGGAGAGCACUGUGGAAGACCGUCCCCGUUCUCGAUUUCGACGGGGACUUGUUUAAAACCGAGCAUAAGUUUAGCGAAUGCGUGGGUAAAGUUCUGGCUCUCCGCAACCACGAUUGCAAUCUCCGUAGCCUUGGCUUCAAUUUUGGGGAUCAUGCAUGGGAACGGCAGCCGAAUGGAGAGCUACUGUUUGGCUUCAAUUUUGGGGACCAUGUAAGGGACUGGCCUAAUGGAGAGAAGCUGUUCAAUCAAGUUAUGGUAUAUGCAGCUUCCCAUGGUCUUCAACAACUCUCGGUUCGCUGCGUCCUUGGGACCGAAGUUUCCAAUGGAACCUUCAAUAGUCUCGUGGGUUUGGUCUCAUAUUGCAAUCAGUCACUUGAAACUCUGGAGUUGCUGAGAUUCCAUCUCACUAGUGCUGCUUACCGUUUGUGGCCCAGAUUCAAGAUGCUCACCACUUUGAAUCUGGCAUUCUGUUACCUCCAUGACCCUAGUUCGGAGAACUCCGUGGAUCCCUUCGCUAAAUUCCCCUGCUUGAAGAAUCUGAGACUGGUCUGCUGCAGUCCUCGUGCUAAAGUUGGCCCAGUGAGUUUGAAAAUCUCUGGUCUCCAACUACUGAAAUUGGAAAUGGUGGAUCUUGUAUUUUUCCAUGGGAUUGAGGUUACUGCUCCAAAGCUGGAAUCUUUUGGUUGUUGGGGCGAUGUUCUGCUUCAAGAAGUUCCCAGGCUGAACAUUUGUUCCAUUGAUCGUGCAUAUAUUCGCGUGGCGCGAUAUGAGCAAACUGCCUUGCAGCCUCUAGCUAAGCAGUACAUGGAGUUGUUCAGAGCUCUGUACAAUACAAAGUCCCUCACCAUAUAUUUUGAUGCUAUUAAGAUACUCAGCGAGACUCGUGAUUUGCUGGAGAGUGAGCUUUCACCCUUUAUCAGAUUGAUGUCAUUGAAUGUGCUCUACUCGGAACAACCAUUGAAAAUACCUUCCAGAGUGAUGCUUUACUUCAUGGGAGGAUCUUCGGAUGUGGAAGUGGAAGAGAGGAUUAAGUUCCAUAAGGUGGCACCUCCAGCUUUCCCGUAUAGUUAGAAUUGUUGUCACACCUGCAGCUGUGCUAUCUGGCAAUCAGGAACAUUUCAUUGGUGCUGUAUAUGCUCCUUAUAAUGUUGAAUGUCUUCACAAGUGAAAUUUGAGCAGGGAGGAAUGCCAUAUUUGAUCGCCUGGUCAUAGGUUCUCUUCAUUACACUAAAAACGUGACCACCAGAUGAUGAAUACCUUUACCUAGAUGGCUGUCAGUUUGUGGGUAAGAACCAGGGAUUAGCCAGCAGUAUCGAAGAAGCCGCAGUAGUGCCGCUGAGAAGUCAAGUAGAGUAUUAUAGAUUCUUGUGAAUUGUUUUCCAAGACGUAUGCAUGAUUCAUUCAUGGUUGUGGAGACGAUGAAUUCAGCAUUACUAUGGUCUCAUGCAUGUAACGGAGUUACCAAUUCAUACAAAGGAGAAAAGAGAUUUGUAGAUGGUUUCUUGUAUUAAGCUUCCUUGUUGAUGGAGAUGCGUUGCAGCUGUUCAUCCCCUAGAGUGAGGUGGAAGUGGAACUCCAUAACCAAAGACGGAAAUAAGAUGAAGGCUGAAAGCACUUGUUAAUAGUUGGCUAAGGAUUCGUUCAGCCCCAUAAGGAAAUCAAUUUUUUUUUUAAAUAUAAGGAAAUCAUUUCAAGAUUUGACCCAACACCUUUUAUAGUUUGGUUUUCACGGAAGAGGAUCUUUAGGAC